AUGCGUCGAGGACGAGAGCGCACUGCCAAUCGUUGGGGCCGCCACCGGCGCUGGAUACUGGCGGCACUGGGCGCCUGUGCACUCGGCUUCAUGCUCGUGACCCAAUUGCGUCUGUGGUCAGCUGCGAACUUUGUGGACCUGCGCACGAGCGCCAUUAGCACAGAUAGGGGGGACCCUACAACGAUCGACCGCUUGACGAGGUCGAAAAUCGAUAUACCGACUGAAGCAGUGGACGUCGUGAAGGAGUCGUCAGCUUUGCGCCUGUUUGGCCCCUCGUCGUCUGAGGCCGUCGCGGCAUUGACGCGAAACCCACCGGUUGUUCUGCCGACUGUCGUCGCUCCGGUUGAACCGGUAAGAGCUAUUGCAGCAACACGUACCACAACGCGAACGGCGCCUUUGCUCAACGAUCGUCACGAUGUGGUUUCUGGCUACGGCGCGGCUAUGGCGUACUUGGCCAACUACACGACGCCGGAAGGGUCGAACGAGCAGCUUUUCCUGUUCUUCGUCUGCGGUGAUGAAGAGGGGCGACAGACGGACUGGCGCCGCGUCUGUGUGGACGCAUCAAAGCUGGUGUACGACGUGUUUGCCGCGUCGCCGUCGCACAACCGGUUAGUAACGAUUCACGCUGGCUCGAAGCAAAGCUGGUCGACGCCGAACGCGUUCUUCAAAGACAGUGACUUGAAGGUGAAGAUGGUGCCUGCUAUCAUGCAGUGGCAUGGAGGAAGUCCCGGGGCCAAGCGGGCCACGUCUGGCGUGAUCAUUGACGAAGGCUUGCUAUACGAGCCGCUCCUGCGCUACCUCUUUAAGAACGAAGACGAUCCAGACUCACUUGUCGCGCCGGACAAGAUCGCUACAAAGACGAUUGUCCUGCUCAAAGGCUACAAGCGCUACAGGUCGUACAUGGACACGAUUGCCGCUGGCGGGAAUGCAUCGCUGACCGCCCCGACAGGACCGCUGUUCCUCUUCUUCGUGGCUGGCCGACUGCAAUCCAACGAUCGUCCCUGGUGUCCGUACUGCCGGUAUUCGGAGAUCUCCGUCGAGUACGCGUUCUACGCGUUUGCACCGAACCAGUCGCGGCUUGUUAGGGUGGAGACAGUGGAUUCGUAUGGUGCGUGGAAAAGCUCUACGAACGAGUGGAAGCAGGACACGGGGCUGAUGCUUCGAGGCGUCCCGUGGAUGUAUCGGGCGUCGUUGGACUCUACAGCCCACGCAUUCACCUACGAGCGCAUCGUCGAUCACUUCGAUCGUCCGGACGACUUGCGCGGCGUCUUCCAGGGCUGGAAGGACAACCCCAUGUUGGCGUAA